CGUUUUCUCCUGAUUGUCCAGGGUAUUCACUCAUAGGCGUGUCUCGCUUCUUUCUUGGUUGUGGCGUUUGUCGUACUCUUCAGUAAUCUCACUUCUGCGCUCCCUGCCUGUUUCUUGGAUUCAGUUUGCAUUUUUUUUCUUUCACCAUCUGGAUUUUGUUUGGACUGCCUGUUUGGAUUUUCCACCUUCCAAAGAUGUAUCAUUCAAAGCUUGAACAGCAUACUACUGAUAAAGAUCUGACUUAAGGACACACAGGAAGCACCAUCUGCACUUCUGUUUCAGUGCUCAUCAUCAUCUCGCUGCAGACUUUAAGAGUGUUAGUUUAUCUCUGCAUCUACAGCCAUCACGUCAGUAACAGACAGGGGGGGAAAAAAAGAAGCCUUGACCUGUAAUUCCUGACUCUACCUGGUUGGAAGAGCCAUCACUGAAACAUCACCAUGUCAGAUGAGAACAGCACAUCCUACGAUUACUCUGGUUACUAUGAUGACCCGAGUGACUACUCUCCUUCCAAUUUCAGUGAUGUAAAGAACUUCAGCCAAGUGUUUCUGCCCACUCUGUAUAGUUUGGUUUUCAUCCUGGGCUUCAUAGGUAAUGCGCUAGUGGUGUAUGUUGUGCUGAAGCACCGCAACCAGAGCAACUUGACAGACAUCUGCCUCUUCAACCUGGCUCUCUCCGACCUCCUCUUCGUCUUCACGCUGCCUUUCUACUCUCACUAUGCCAGCGCUGGCCAGUGGACUUUUGGAGGCUUCAUGUGCCGUUUAAUCUCCGGCUCUCACCAGACUGGCUUCUUCAGCAGCAUCUUCUUCAUGAUCGUCAUGACGCUGGACCGCUACAUGAUCAUCGUGCACGCUCACAGGGUUGCACGUUAUCGCACGAUGAGGGCAGCCAUCACUCUGACCGUGUUCAUUUGGAUGCUGAGCUUGUUUGUGUCUCUGCCGGACUUUAUCUUCACAGAGGAAACCAAAGAAUCCCAAAGACUUGGGUGUGACUAUCCCCAGGAGAAUAAAGUCUGGGAGCGUUACGAUCUGUUCACCACCAAUGUGCUGGGUCUCGUGAUUCCCCUGUUGGUGAUGGUAGGUUGCUACUCCAGGAUCAUCCCCACACUGGUGACCAUGAGGACCACAAAGAAGCACCGCAUAGUCAAGCUGAUCAUCUGUAUAGUGGUUGCAUUUUUCUUGCUCUGGGCCCCAUACAACAUUUCCCGUUUCUUGAAGUUUCUUCAGGAAAAAACAAUAAUCCAACAGGACCUCACCUUGGACAAAAAUUUAAGGCUGUCAGUAGCAGUGACCGAGGCUAUUGCUUAUACUCACUGCUGCCUGAACCCCAUCAUAUACGCUUUUGUGGGACAGAAGUUUAUGAGAAGAGCCUUGCAGCUGCUGAAAAGGUUGGUGCCUGGUUACAUCAGAAAUUUGUCCAACAGCUCAUUCAGGAGAAGCUCGGUUAUCUCCAAGUCUUCUGAGGUCACCUCCACUUAUGUGAUGUAAAGGGUGGAUGCCAUGAAUGUUAUUACUGCAGCCCAUAUCUUAUUUUUUCUUGCAGUGAUUUGUUUUGUUAAUUUGGUAACUUCUAACUGCCUCGUACCGCAAUGUUCUUCACCGGUGUCUCGUUUUCAAAGUUUGUCUUUACGUUUAUACCCUUUGAAUCUGCAGUGGUAUACUUUUUUUUGAUCAUAAGAUUUCAGCUGUAGCGCUGCCAUCUGCUUUACAGUAUCUCAAGUGUUUUCUGUGUAAUGCAGCUAUGCAAUGCCCUUUCAUCCUCUGCUCAGACUUAAUGAACCUUGCAUGCUUUAAACUGAGCCUGUGGUUUGCAGAGGCCUGUAACAAUAUGUUUUCUUCACAAAUGUUUAUAAUAAGCAGGAAUUUAGCACAAACAUACCAAAAAAUAGAAAACAGACAACACCAACAUGACAAAAUGGAACAUUUUACUCUCACGUGCAAAAAAGCGUUUCAUUCAAAUGUAUGUAAAUAUAGAGUGAGGUGCUAAAGGCACACUUUCACAUGUCACAUGCCAUCUUUCAGAAUGGAGUUUGAUGAAUUGAUAUGUAACAAACUUUCAAGUGUUGAGUUUUGUCCCAGUUUUGUAAAUAUGUGCAGAAUAGAGUUUUAUAGAAUGCAUUUUAUUUUCACCUCAGUAAGAUUUGCAGCUUUUUCAGAUGCCCUUUGUACAAAACCUGCUCAUUGUCUUACAUUGAUAUCUGCUCUCAUGUUUGACUUUAUGCACUACUUUUUUUUUGCAUUAUGACUCCUUGUAUUUGUAAUAAUCUUUGCCAACAAAGUUGAUUAAAUCUACAUG